CGUAAAAUCGACAGUCUACUUUAAAAGCUCCAGCGCUUCCAUAGGCCGAAGUAUUCAUAAUUUGCCAGCUUGACAUUUACUUUCUUUGCUUGAAUAGCUUCUUUGAUUGAUUCCCGCAAUACAUAUAGCGAUAAAAUCCACCAGCGCUUCAAGGAUGGAGACUACCGCAAAGAAAGUGUUGCUCACCUCCAAUGGUAACGAGGUGUCUGAGAAUAUCGCUUUCCGUUUAGCCAAACAGGGCUGCAGGUUGGUUUUGAUGGGCAACGAGAGCUGCCUUCGACGAAUAGCCGAAAAGAUAAAUGGUUCGCUGAAGGGUGUCGCGCCGGUGGAGGUGGUUGGCGCAGAUAUGGAGGAUGACAGGGAGGGUGCCUUCGAGGAGGCAGUGGAUAAGGGAUGCACGAUAUUGGGAAAGCUAGAUGCUUUUGUACACUGUUAUACGUACGAAGGAAAGAUGCAAGAGCCUCUUGAACUAAAAGAAGACGAGUUCAAAAAGAUAGUGAGGAUAAAUUUUAUGGCUCCAUGGUUUCUGUUAAAGGCGGUUGGGAGAAGAAUGCGGGACUAUAAAUCUGGAGGUUCCAUUGUGUUCUUGACCUCGAUAAUUGGUGCUGAAAGAGGGCUUUAUCCAGGGGCUGCUGCAUAUGGUUCAUGUUUGGCUGGACUGAAGCAGUUAGUCAGGGCAUCAGCUAUGGAGAUUGGAAGAUACCAGAUCAGAGUGAAUGCAAUCGCCCGUGGCCUGCACAUUCAAGAUGAAUUUCCAGUGUCAGUGGGGAAAGAGAGGGCAGAAAAGCUAGUGAAUAACGCUGCGCCGAUGAAGAGAUGGCUUGAUCCAAACAAUGAUCUGGCUUCGACUGUCAUCUAUUUAAUAAGUGAUGGGUCACGAUAUAUGACUGGUACCACCAUAUUUGUUGAUGGAGCACAGUCUCUCACAAGGCCGAGGAUGCGUUCUUAUAUGUGAUUCUCAUGAUCUCUGGUAAUAGAAUGGACAGACCUAAAACAAAUAAUUGUGCAUUGACCCCAUUAGAGUUGAUGAGAUUGUGUUCCAUAGAGAAAAUAUUGACAGUCACCGGAUAAAUAUUGCUGAGAAAAAUUGAUGAAAUUUACAAGCAGCAGCUUAUUCUUUUGUCGAUAAUUGCAGAUGAACUGUUGACAAGUGAAAUGAUCAAAAUACAUCAUGUUGUCUACUAAA